AUGAGUACUUCGACCGUGGUUCCAGCUGCAUGUUACAGUGUUUGUAACAAUGCAUACGUUGACGCGAUGAAAAUUGGCAAGUCGCCAGCAUUGUGCUCAGAUUCAACAUUCAACAACGAGUACAGUGCUUGCCAGGCGUGCGUUGCAACAGAUAGCUCGGAUCCAGCUGCGAUGAACGAGAAUUAUUUGGGACCUCGAUUUGAACAGUUCUUUGAAUAUCGUGCGUCACUGAAUGCAUCCUCGAUAGCGUCGAGUGCGUUAGAGAGUACAACAGUGGCGACAACCUUGAGUGUCGCCUCCUCACUACUUUCCUCGCUCCCAAAUUUCACGAGUACUUUUUUGAAUUCUGCUUCCACUCUCUCGUGCUCACCAUAUGCGACCAUCACAGCAACCAAUACCCAAGGUAUCUCAUUAUUUAACGGAAGCACAAUUACCGUCACCUUUUCUAAUGUAAUAACACUAUGGACGCAAACAAGUUCCACUUCAUCCUCUUCCCCAACAAGCUUACAAUCUGAAUUGACACCUGGCCAUGCGCAAUUAAACGGUAUAGUUGUGGGCUCCAUUUUUGGCGGACUUUCGAUUAUUGCCUUUGGGAUGAUCUAUUGGAAGUUUUGGAGGCACCGGCAUUUGCGAAACUCAAGAGUCGGAGCUGGAAUUGGUGAUGAAACUGGCCCCGAGAAGGCGCAGUUACAUUCAGAUUGUAUUCCUCCCAAACCCCUCGAAGAGAUUGACGGGUCACCAAAAGGUCCAGUCGCAGAAUUGCCAGCUAUAGAAGCUGUUGUAGAGAUGCCGGGAAGCGUCAAAUACUUGUCCAGGGAGGUUGGGUGA